UUCACAUGUGCAAGCAUGUCUAGGGUGGAAGGUUACGGAGAGUCUGACCUGCGCUCACAGCUACGAGCAUGUAGGACUGAGAUCGCCAUGGCAAUCCACGAUCCUUUCCCACUGCUGUAUGGGCUGGCGGAUCACGACAUCAUCUCUGAACAGAUCCUGAGGGAGACUUUAGAGCGAAAGAAAAAGGAUGGGAUCCACAAAGCUGUCUACUCACUGCUCACUUUGCUACUGGACCAAGAUGCUUCUGUCCUCCAGGCAUUCUGGAGCAAUCUCUGUAAAGAGUACAAUAAGGAUUGUUACCCAAAACUGGAAACCCUGUUUAUGAACCUCCCCAAAGGGUUAAAGCAGGUGGCCAGACACACUGGGACACGCUGGGUCCGCAGCCAGUCAGGCAGAAAGAGAGGGGUGGCCGAAAAACACCUGACCCACCAGUCCCAUCACCACACCAAGAAAGCCAUAACCUCCAGCUCAGGAAGCAAAGGCAAGCCAAUGAGGAAGACAGAUGGUGCAGCACUUUCUCAGGUCUCAGUGGGAAACGGGGUCCAGGCUGUAUCUACCUCGGUCCAGAGGGCCGUGGCUGUAUCUGCCAGUGAGCAUCCCACUGGCUGCGGGACAGUAGAGGGGAUUCUGAUCCAGCAAGUCAUUGAGUCUGGAGGUGCCAAAAAAUGCAUCAAGGUUGGAGGAGAAUUCUACUCUUCUGCUAAACUGGAUGAGACAGCUGGAGUGCACAAGGCACAGACUGCACAAAACUAUAGUCACCAGCAGGGAGAGCCAAGUACCAGAGUCUUGGAUGUAGGUGACCAAGACUCAUGGAAAAGUACAAUGAAAAAUAUUAUUUAGGCAUAAGUUGUCAUCGUGUUAACCGGGUACAGUUGGUAAUUCACUAUUUAUCACGUUUAUGAUGCAUAUGUUCAGGUGGAGCAUAAUGAUGAUGAGUGUGCAGUGUGUAAAGAUGGUGGGGAGCUCAUCUGCUGUGAUGGGUGUCCUCGCGCCUUCCACCUCACCUGCCUGGUGCCGCCCCUCGCCUCCAUACCCAGUGGUACAUGGCGCUGUCAGCUAUGCCAAAGCAACAGAGCGAAGGACAAGACAUACAACCCCUUGCUGCCUACAGUUCACCCUCCAGUGACAGAGACAAGCUCCAGCUCUGCUGUGGACUUCUCCUUCUUCUCCUCUCUGUCCUCCACUUCACUCUCCACAGUCACAGCUCCACCUAUGUCUUCGGAUGGUCAAAUGGUCGGGAUCAGGAUGGCUUGUGGAAUUUGUCAUCUCAUCCAGGGAGAGCUGAUCACCUGCCCUCAGUGCCUGCAGAGUUAUCAUGCCCUCUGCAACUUCUCAAAUGGAAAGACCAGAUGUAGGAAUUGCUCCAGGUGUUGGGGCCCUGAAAGCGAAACAUCAUCAAGGAGUCUUCAGGUGAGUCAGCACAUGAGUGAUCAGGGCUUAACACCAUCAGAGCAGCUGUUCAACAGAGAUGAAAUGGAUUCUAUAAUGGGGGAGAGCCCUAUAGAUGGGAUCUUGCAGUGGGCUUUCCACAACAUUUCACGUCCUCUUUCUGAGUCUCAAGGCUAUUUCCAGUGAUUCAGCGAGUCGAAUUCAUCUCUGCUGUGCCCAAAUCUCAGCAUCCCUCCUCGGUGUCAGAUGGACUGACAUGAAGAAUAGAACACAGUUUUAAUAAUGUUUUGGGUCUAGAUCUCAAAAGC